AUGGCGCGAAUCGACACGGGAAGUUCGCCGACGGUUGAACAGCGAGCGAAUCCAAAUCUCAAUCAAACGUCGUCGGUGACCGAGAGCGCGACGGCGCGGGCGCCGUUGACGCCGACGAAGUCGCUGUUAGAGGCCUUGUCGAUGUCGCGCGAGAUCCGGGGCGUGGGAUCGUCGUUGGACGACGGGGAGGAGGUGACGAGCGGGGAGCGGGACGCGCACCGAAGCGGGCAGCGCGGGUCGUCAUCCGCGACGAGACCGCUCCGAGGGGAGAGUCCGCCCAUGGAGGCGAUGCGCGAUGGGCGGGGGAUCUUGUCACCCACGGAGGCGACGAGCUCAGAUGGGGCAACGAUUCAGAGCAGUGGUCGGAUCCCUCGGUUGAGAGAACUGUUCGAGUUGCAACGCGACGAGAUCCUCGUCACCGAGUACAUGUGCGCGCUCCACAGUAAGAUUUUGUUGCAGGGGAAGAUGUACGUGUUUGAGCGACACGUCUGCUUUUACAGUAACGUGUUCGGGUAUACGACUCGCGUGAAGAUUCCGUUCGAGGACGUUACGCUAAUCAAUCGAGCCAAGACUGCGGUCAUUUUUCCAAACGCAAUCGAGAUCACGCACGGCGCAAAGACGGACUUUUUCACCUCGUUCGUGUUCCCCGAGAAGUCUUUCAAGGUAAUUUGUCAUCAGUGGGCGCGGGUGUCACACUAUGGGAAGUUGAAUGGGGCGAUCUCAGCGAAGACGUUGAAGACAGCGUUGAGUUCUCCGUCGGAGAGGACUCUGAGUGACGAAUUAAGCGGCGAGUCAGAGGAGGAGGAGGAGGAGGAGGAGGAGGAGGAGGAGGAAGAGGAGGACUUGGUAGGCGGCAAGGGCAUAGACGAUGACAGCGACGUCGUUGCGGACGACGACGACAUGCCGGUGGACUUUGGAAACACGCCUACGGCGAGGGUUUCCGGGAAUGCCCCACCCCUACCGUCAUCUUCCAUCAACGUUUACAGCGGAGAGAUCGACUGCUCCGUUGAAGAAUUCUUCCUCGCGGGAUUUUCGGACAAAUCAAGAACGGAGUUACAGCCAAAAGUUUCGAUGAUGUUGGAGCAAACGAACGUGAACAUCACUGAAUGGAAGUAUAAGCGAACAGUGGGUUGCGUUCGUGACGUCGUGUUCACCGCACCGGUGAAGCAGUCGUUCGGUCCCAAGUCGACGCGGUGUCAUCAAAAUCAGAGUUACGGCGUGUACGAAGAUAAAACUUUGGUCUUAUGGACGUCUCAAAUUCAGAGUGAUAUUCCUUACGGUGACUACUUUCGAGUCGAGGCGCGAUGGAUGCUUCGUCCACUGUCAAAGAAGAGUUGCUCGAUCACGGUGGGCACCGAGGUCAUUUUCACAAAGUCGACGAUCAUGAAGGGUCUCAUCGUGGGUAGUGUUGUGGACGAGAGCAAGGCGAUCGUCACCAAGACUAUUGAUACGAUUGUACGAAAGAUUAAUCCACCCAAGAAGGCUAAAAAGGUUUCUAUUAAGGAGGUGGUGGACUUCAAUUCGUUGCACAUUCCCGAGGACUCUCAGGACAUCGUUGCGAGCAUGCUCAAACCCAUUAAGACCUUGAGCUCGAAGAUGCAGGCUGAAUUCGUCGAAGCUGACACCGUGAUUAAGAAGACUUGUAUUUUGUGCUCCAAGGCGAGUAAAGUCGCGAUGGCGCUCGCGCUUGUUGUGUUAGCGCACACCAUGUUCUCAAUCUUCGCGGACUGGCUGCUCGGAGCCUUCACGCAAACGGCGUUUGGUUUCCGUUGGAGUCGCGCGUACGACGACGCGGCGUACUGGGAGGCUCGUUCGAGGGUUCUGAAUAACGAGCUCACGGCGUUGGAACGGCGAUUGGGAUAUUUAGCGAAGGAGGUUGAACUCGCGCGCGCGAACGCGCUGGACUUGGGGACUUCCAGUGGAACGAAGUAA